GUUGACAGGCGGUCUCUGGCUGAAUCUCCGCGGCCCCGGGACCGUGGAAGAGGCUCCGAAGGGCGGCCGCGAUGCCCAGCCCCCAGCGGAUGCCUUUGGUGCUUCAUGAAGAAUAUUUCUAGAUAUAUCACAGACAUUAAGCCUUUGCCACCCAACAUAAAAGAUAGACUCAUCAAAAUUAUGAGCGUGCAGGGGCAGAUAACAGAUUCAAACAUAAGUGAGAUUUUACAUCCUGAAGUCCAAACUCUAGAUCUACGAAGCUGUGAUAUUUCAGAUACUGCUCUCCUGCACCUAUGUAACUGCAGAAAACUGAAGAAAUUAAAUUUAAAUUCCUCAAAAGAAAACAGAAUUUCCAUAACUUCAAAAGGAAUAAAAGCUGUGGCUUCAUCUUGUUCUUACCUGCAUGAAGCUUCUUUGAAAAGAUGCUGCAAUCUCACUGAUGAAGGAGUCCUUGCUCUUGCACUCAAUUGCCGGCUGUUAAAGAUCAUUGAUUUAGGAGGCUGCUUAGGUAUUACUGAUGUGUCCUUGCAGGCAUUAGGAGAAAACUGCGCAUUUUUGCAGUGUGUUGAUUUUUCAGCUACUCAGGUAUCUGACCAUGGUGUGGUUGCGCUUGUUAGUGGACCUUGUGCCAAGAAAUUAGAGGAGAUUCAUAUGGGGCAUUGUGUGAAUCUGACUGAUGAGGCUGUAGAAGCUGUCCUUACUUGCUGUCCUCAGAUAUGUAUAUUACUCUUCCAUGGAUGCCCUCUAAUAACAGAUCAUUCACGAGACGUCUUGGAGCAAUUAGUAGGCCCGAACAAACUAAAGCAAGUGACGUGGACUGUGUAUUGAAGCUCACUGAAGCUUAUCAAAUCUAUGAUCUUCAUACUACUUUCCCUGGAAACAAUGGUCUCAGAGAUUGGCUUUCCAAUAGUAUGAUUUAUGCUUUGAAGUUAACCUGGCUUUUAUACAUUUUAACAGUGCUGUUAUUUCUAUAUAUAAGUUCACUGAUGAGUGAGUGUUCUUGAAACGGCAGUUAUAGCAUGCCCUCUGAUAUAUUGGGGGAGGGUAUUUUUUUUUUCUUAAAUAAGAAUGUUUUAAGUUACCUGUUUACCCUGGAAAUUUCCUUCUCCUAACUAGAUAUUUGAGCUGCUAUAAGAGAUAUUUAUCACUGUGGAUAAAUAGGAGAAUUCUAAGUUAUUUGUAAAAGCAUAGUUACCUUCCCAGCUGUUUUCUGGCUACUGCCUUCCAAAGUAUUUAAAUGUCCACUGGCCAAAAAGCAAAGCCUGAAUAUCAGGCCUGUAUAUUCUUCACAAAAAAUUAUUUCAAUGAAACAAAGAAAUGUAAUAGUUUAAUGUCAUAAUCUCAGAUAUCAUACCUUAGACAUUUAGCAUAUGAGUGAUACUGAGGCCUUUGCCCAGCCACUUAUUACAUUGAUUUUUAUGGCUACUUUCCCCCAAUACAUGCUAUUCAUCCACAAACUUUCUUCCUUAAAAACUGCAUUCAAGACUGUGUAAGAAUGAGUAAAUAUGAAAUAGCAUCACAGAGGCUGUAUCCUGAAGCUCUACUGGUUUCACAUUGUAAAAUAAACAGCAGAGGUCUUAGUUUUCAAAUGAAAUGUAUUACUAUCUAUAAUCACAAAAUUCUCUGAAAUAUACCAUGCUUAAACUACCCCCAGAUUCACCAUAUUCCCUGUGCCAAAAGCCUUUGUCAGUGGGACCUUCUUAAAGACUUCCUAUUUUAACUGUGAUACAGUGAAUAACAGGGAAAGUAUGGUAUGGUAGAUUACUUGGACAUACAUAGAGGGACAGGUCUACAUAUUCAACUCUACUUCUUCUCCUUACUAUUAACUACUUUAUAAAUGUGCUAUGUUUGUAGUGUAUAGUGUACAUUAUAGUGUAUUGCCACUGCAAAGGUGGUACACAUGUGUGUAUGUAUAAAAUGGGUAAGGCCUCUUCCAUCUAUGAAAUUUCUCUAAAGACAAAUUCAGUAAGAUUUAACAUUGAACACCUAACCAAGUCACUACCCUUUUCCCCUUUUAAAGAAACUAGUUUCAAGAUCUAAAGUGUCAGAUUUUUGGGGUCUAUAAAGGACUUAUCAUCCUAAAGCAGCUUGUGGCUUGAUCUUUUUAUAUCCCUGGUUGUAUCAGCUAUUUUUCAGCACCCUGCUUAAAAGUCUGGUCUCCCAUCCCUAUCCUACCUAUAACUGUCACCCUUACCUGUCAUUCUGAACUCUAUUUUUCCCCUAUCCAUCUUUUAACAUCUGACAUCUUAUUUUUUAUUUAUUAUCUGUCUGUCCACCCUAGUAUAUAAGCUUCAUGAAGACAGACAUUAUUUCUCUUU